ACUUCCCGUCGCGCAAUCACAUUGUUCUAGAGUGCUCCACGAUCAGGGCCAUCUUUGGUCGUCCUCGCCGGUGACAGUGUGGACAGUUUAUUCCAUUGGUCAUCAAUGCCUAACGAUUCAUAAAUAAUACUCAACUUUAAACAAGCCGUUUGACGCACUCUUGCAGAGAAAAGGGAGCUAGAUCCCCGGUUUUUGUGAACUGUUCAUUCUUUCCUUCAAUACCCUUUAUUUCUCAAGGCAAAAAGAGGGCGAGACGGGAGAGGCGGUGAUACAACAUGGAUGAGGAAUAUGAUGUGAUCGUUUUGGGCACCGGACUCACAGAAUGCAUUCUGUCCGGGAUCAUGUCCGUGAACGGGAAAAAGGUCCUGCACAUGGACAGGAACCCCUACUAUGGAGGCGAGAGCUCCUCCAUCACCCCUCUGGAGGAGCUGUACAAGCGCUUCAGUCUUCCAGAGAGCCCGCCCGAGUCCAUGGGCCGAGGAAGGGACUGGAACGUAGACCUCAUCCCCAAAUUCCUCAUGGCCAACGGUCAGCUGGUGAAGAUGCUGCUUUACACAGAAGUGACACGGUACCUGGACUUCAAAGUGGUGGAGGGCAGCUUCGUGUACAAAGGAGGAAAGAUCUACAAGGUGCCGUCGACCGAGACCGAGGCAUUAGCUUCAAAUCUGAUGGGAAUGUUUGAGAAGCGGAGGUUCAGGAAGUUCUUAGUCUUUGUGGCCAACUUUGAUGAGAACGAUCCCAAAACCUUUGAGGGCGUGGACCCCAAAACCACCGACAUGAGGGAAGUCUACAAGAAGUUCGACCUCGGCCAGGAUGUGAUCGACUUCACCGGCCACGCCCUGGCCCUCUACAGGACGGACGACUAUCUUGAUGUUCCCUGUUUGGAGACGAUCAACCGCAUCAAGCUGUACAGCGAGUCGCUGGCUCGAUAUGGGAAGAGCCCCUACCUCUACCCCCUGUACGGCCUGGGAGAGCUGCCGCAGGGAUUCGCCAGAUUGAGUGCAAUCUACGGAGGCACCUACAUGCUGAACAAACCAGUGGAGGAGAUAGUGAUGGAAGACGGCCAUGUUGUUGGAGUGAAGUCUGAGGGAGAGGUGGCUCGUUGUAAGCAGCUGAUCUGCGACCCUAGCUACAUCCCGGAUCGCGUCCGCAAGGCGGGUCAGGUGAUCCGUGUGAUCUGCGUCCUCAGCCACCCGAUCAAAAACACUAACGACGCCAACUCCUGCCAGAUCAUCAUUCCUCAGAACCAGGUUAACCGCAACUCAGACAUCUACGUGUGCAUGAUCUCCUACGCUCACAACGUGGCGGCCCAGGGGAAGUACAUCGCCAUCAUCAGCACCACAGUGGAGACCGAAGAGCCCGAGGCGGAGAUCGAGCCGGCGCUGGAGCUGCUGGAGCCCAUCGACCAGAAGUUUGUGGCUAUUAGUGACCUGUAUGAGCCCACAGAUGAUGGCACUGAGAGCCAGGUCUUCGCCUCGAGCUCCUACGAUGCCACCACUCACUUCGAGACCACCUGUAACGACAUCAAGGACAUCUACAAACGCAUGACCGGCAGCGACUUUGACUUUGAGAACAUGAAGCGCAAACAGAACGACGUGUUUGGGGAGGAUGAGCAGUGAGCAGUAGAGAGGCUUCAGAGAGAGGGCGGGGCCUGGGAGAGGAGGCGGGGCUUAAAAGAGGCAAAAGAUGAGGCAGAGGGUCCGUUAGAGGGCCUUGAAAAACCAUCAGUGGGGGAGAGGGUGUGUUUCUGGCCUCAGCUGUUUGCCUCCUCUCCCUUAUGUCCCUCUCUCUCUUGACACGCUCACACACACACACACACCCGCACAUACACACACACGCUGUUCAAAUACUCACACUCCUUAUCUCUGUCACUGUAAAGCAGGGUUGAUAUGGUCUUUCUUUCCAUUGUAGAAUUUACAGUAUAACCAUGUCUUAAAUAUUAUCAUUAGAGGUGAAUUUAUUACUUGUCGUCGGCGAUCUUCAGAGCAUUUUCAUUCUUUCUGUAACGUCUUUCUCCUCGUAUCAGAGGUCGUCGGGUGGUUGGAAGAUUGACGGCAUUGAGAAGUCUGACAUGAGAGACCUGUAACGGCUUAUAGUGUAGAAUCCAGUUGACAUGCAUGCAUCUUUUACACACAGUAGUAUUUUACAUAGACGACACUGCGGUAUGAAGGCUGGGCCAUUCCACGCAUUGCUCCUGUCAACCCUGCUUUCACUUUUCUCUCACUUGGUCUUUUACCCGUCAAAAAAAUCUGUUGGUCAGACAGUUGGUCAAUGUGAUGAAAAAUGACAUGGGCUGUCUGUCAGCUGAUAGUGCUCACUUUGCAAUGCUGUUGUGUUCCCUGUGCUAGCAAGCAAGCUAACUCGUGGCUAUUAACCGUCACCCCGAAAAAACAAAAAAAACAACUGUUCCUUUGUUUAUCUCUGUUGUGUAAUGUCAAUUUGAAUAGUUUACUUUCUAACAUUUUUAAAUUAUUGAAGAGUUUUUAUUUCUCUAUAUAUUUGGUGCACAUUUCACUGGCUGAAGUUAUGAAGUUUACAGAUCUGAGGUUGAAUCCGUGGUCUUAAAGUAAAAAAAAAAAAAAAGGGAAUGUCAGGAGCAAAAGAGGCUGGAAGAGGCUUUCUCCGAAGUAUUCUGGGAGAUCUGGAAUGAGUGAGGAAAACAAAUUGCGGAGAUUGUUGAGAUGCGAGGAAGUGUGAAGGACAAGAAUGUGUGCGGGGAAUGAUUUGGAUUUUGGAGGUUUCACUUUUAGGUGAAGAGGGUGAAGACUGAAACUUCGGCUGAUAGUGAAAGCACCAGAGUGUGUUCGGUUGUUUCAACCCUUGUGUGUGUCCUUUAGGUAAGUCACUUCUCCAGGGACUAAACAUCCUAUGACAAAUUGUAGUAGUUAAAUAGAGGGAACGGCUGGAGACUCCCGUAACUUUAAAAGACUUUGUAGCAAAGGUGAGAAGCCACAGUUGCAGGUGCUGCCCCACGAGAACGAACCAAGAUCCUUUUAUUGGUUGUAGCCUUAAUUUUUGGGUCUUAAUAGAAUAUUUAGACCCUUUUCAAAUAUGACUGCUUUGUUUUUAACUAACCGUUAGUGGCAGGUCGCUCUAGUGCCAAAAAUGGUGUUGCUGUUAUUGGCAAAGGAUGCUGACAAAGUGCAGUUUGUUGUUGUGUGUUGCUCCGCAGAUCUGACUGAAUCCUAUAGAAGGGAUGUUCUCUCAGCUGCGUCUGUACACCUGAGCGGAGGCAGUUCCUCAUAUCUCACGUACAGUUAGAUCUGUGGCUUGUUACACAACACAAACAGACGAGACGCCCUGAUCGUUUUUAUUUAAAAAAGCAGUUCCAUCUCACUUUAUCCAACACUUAGCAACUCUAAACAUAGUUAUCUCGCUGUUUGGGGUGUUGGCGUGUCUUAUUGUUAUGCUCUAUUUAUUUACAUUUCACUGACGUAUUGUGGAAAAGGUGUACGCCGAAUAUGCUAUGCUAAUUUUGUUCUGAUGAUAAAAACGGAAAAGUGAUGCACACCGAAAUUCCUUGUUUUUGUUUGUUUGUUAUUUGCUGUGUUAUGUUUACCUUAGUCAGUGAUCAUUCCAGUGCUGCCUCAUGAUUAUAAUAAUAAACAGGUUAUGAUGGGAGGAUAACAGCAGCAGCCAUCAGUUCAAACCUGUACAGCUGUGUUUCAACAUUGUGUGUGGUCUUCAUCCUGGAUACUGGAAUAAUGUUUACUCUUCGAUAUAUCCGAAGCCCUCCCUUCCGUUCCCCUUCCUCAGCAUCAGAUACUGUCUUUUUUAUUUAUUGAAAACAAAAGCCUCAUGUGUGGUCGUACUGUUUUAAUUUCCAUCCAGUUUGGCCUUUUUUGGAAACCACUAUUGACAAUAUCCCUUGAAAAAUUGACAAGAGAUACAAAUAGUUAAGGCUGAGUAGUAGAAACACUUACUGUCCUUGUUUGAUCACUAGUAUGUGAGCAUUGCCUAAUGUCUUGUGUAACAAAUACAAAUGAAUUAAACUAUGAAUGAAAUUAUAGAAAAAUAAAACGCACAUGGCAAACCUGGAAAGAC